AUGAACCAUAUUGAUCAAGAAUUCACACAGUUUGGACAGCUGCUUAGUGCAUACUUGACUCCUUCAGCAGAUGGGUCUUCUGUAUAUGUAAUGAAGUCAGACUUGCAAACGUGUUUUGAUGGCUUAACCAAACGUCUUCAGACUGUUUUCAGAGAAGUCAAUCAUCUGAAAUCCCAGCUACCAUUAUUUGAUAAAUGUUCACGUAAUUUUCAAAUGAAGAAUAUACAUUUAGAUGAGCUGUUUGAAACCAGUGACUUCAAUUCACAGUUAGCUUCAUGCGCUAAAAUUGCUUCCAUAUUGUUCAGUCGUAUUUCAAGUGAACAUCUUCAAUUAACACAGCUAUUGAACCAGUUGAAGCAAUGUGGUGAUUCAGUUUCUAUCACUCUGUCUGCUGCAUAUAAGUUAAAUCCUGAUAGUGAAGUUCUGGAUAUAUGUUCUAGCUUGGUCUCAGUCUGUAGUCAGUUAAAACACAUCCAGUCUUUGCUGUCAUCUAGUGAACAAGUAACAUCAGAUACUGUACAGAUUAUUUAUGCAUUCAAACAGAAAUUAGAAGAAGGUGCUAAAGCAGAUAAAACUGAAACUUCAAACCCUCUUACAAGCGUGAAGCAUACUUCUGUUCAAACAGAUUCUUUGACAAAAGACGGUGGAUUAAAGCAACAAUUAUCACUUAGUCAAAACUGUAUUGAAUAUAAAAAUGCUUCAGGAAAACUAGUCAAUUAUGAAACAUUAUUGAAAUAUGGUUUAGUUAAUCCAAGAAAUGUGCUCAAUCGAGCAUUAAAAAAUUCCAUUAACACGGAUUCUGAUGAACCAACUAAAUCUGAAUUACAAGAGGCAUUACUGAAUGCUUUAAGUCAAUUGGAUCGUUUGAAAAAGUAUCGCUCAACUCAGAAAACACGUAUGGAUCAAUUACAUGAACGACUGGAUCAUAUGAGUAGUGAACUAGAUGCUAGUGUGGAUACUAUUCGCUACCAUCAAACAAAUUAUGAAGCACAAAAACGUAGAAAUGCUAUGGAGACUGCUCAUCUACGUAGUCAGCUAGCCAAAACAACUACUUUACUAGAACAGUAUAAGUUACUGGUUAGUAAGGCUAAUUUGACAACUUCCAAUUCGUUAAAUCAAAACAUCCAAGUCUUCAUCGGCAGUUCAACUAACAACGAAGCAAAAAGUUUGUAUACUGAUGAGAAACUACAAAACAUCGAUAGUCUGAGUAUGGAUGAUUUAAAGCUGAGAUUGUCGAUUACUCAGAAUGAACUUAAUCAGUUGCGAUUGGAUAUGGUGCAUCAAAGAGAAGAUGGUGAUCGUGAGGCUUCCAGACUGCGAGGUCAAUUGGCUGAAGUUAGUUCAGAUGCGCGAGCACUUCGAAUCCAGUUAAAUCGUCUUUUAUCACAAAAUAUCGCCUCAAACAAAAUUAAUAGUUUGGAGAAUACAAACUCAUCGGAUUCUGUAAACUGUACAAAUUGUCAAAAACUUCAGCGUCUCAAUGAUUUGCUACAGCGUAAACAGUCGAAAAUGAGUCCUAUUCCCGAUUUAAUCACGCAUCAAGGUAAGAUGAUGACUUGUGACGACGUUUUCCCUAAAAAUCAUGUUGUCACUCAAAAGACAGACUAUACGCAGCAUGUUUUGGAUAAUUCUGUUCAAACAGAUUCGUUGAGUUGCAUCGACACACCGAACAAAGUUCCAAAAGCUGAUAUAGCUGUUGACCCAAUAGAUGUAUUUGUCAGCAGUUCAGCACAUCCAAAAUGUAAAUCUACUCAGACCGAAUUUUUCUUAAUGAGUGGUGAUAUGUUGCCAAACGAAUCUAGUCUAGCAGGUGAAAUACCCUUAGUAGGUGAAAUGCUGGGAUAUGAAUGUGGAAACGAGUUUCCCAUUUUAAAAGGUAUGCAAAAUGGUUUUCAUGCCUAUGAUAAGCACACUUCACCGGUGUAUGUACAGUCACCCUCUGUAGUGUAUGAUGAAGCACUGACUAUCCACAGUUCCCAAACUUUAAGUUCCUGUCCAGUUGACGCUCCAGAAUGUUCUGAUCUUGUUAAUACAAAUAAGGAUGUCAGUGAAGAUGUAAUGUAUUCUCAGUUGCUACGCCGGGCGAAAGCAGCUGAAGAGGAAGCUGCCAUGGCAAUGGAUCAGCUGAAGGCAAGCAAUGCUGAGUUUCUCACUUUAAGAGAACGGCUAUCCCAUGCUACUGUAGAACGCGCGCAUUUAAAAGCGUCUAUUGAAGGAUUGGAUGAACAGGUUACUUUACUUGAAGAAUCGUUGUAUGAACGCACACAAGAGUUGCGCCAGUGUCAGAUGCUGCUUGAACAAAAUUGUCCUACAUAUCAAAAGCCUACUAUGCCACAUUCUGUUGAGUUUGUAUCUGAAGCAAAGUUGUUAACACCACAAACGACAUCAAAAACCCAGAGUCCAAUAAUAACAAACACGUAUGUUGACGAGUCAACAGUUGUUAAUUUGAAAGGGCUUCUUCAGUUCUAUCAGCCAACGCAAUCAUUUAUUUGUUCAUCGUUCACAAGAUCUAACUGGAAUAACCGAUUUGUUAAAGUAAAUGAUCGAUUAUCAAUUUUAUUGAAACAUCUAAUUCUACUGAGUAAUCAAGUCAUCUCCAGAAUACCUAUUGCUAUACAAUAUACUUCAUUCCGUUUACAAAGUCAACCUAGACCUAAGCCAAUGUUGAUAUUUUUAAUUUAUUUCAUUUUUGUACAUUUACUGUUAUUCCAUUGUUGGUUAUUCUAA